UAUUAACGAAAAAUUCUUAUGUCAUUCAUAAGUCCCUUUUUGAAUACUAUAUAAGCAUAUGAUACUUGUGACAAAGAUAUCAACACCUUCUUAUAUCAUUUCAACUUAAGGAAACGCGAUGGAAACGCUUAUGUUUUUCCUUUUAUUUGUGAUGUCAAAUAUGGUUUUGAGCACAAAGUUAUCCAAUGAUCACUUGUCUCGACACAGUGGUGGUGGCCAACUGGUGGAGCUGUCAUCAAGCUACUGUUUGAGUUGGAGGUUGGCCACCGAGACAAACAACUUACAUGGGUGGCGUACUGUCCCCAUUCAAUGUCUCCGGCAUGUUGAGGCAUACAUGAUUCGAGGACAAUAUGAUUCUGAUGUGAAAUUGAUUGUAGAUGAAAUAAGGAACUAUAUCGAUCAACUUGUUUUAUCUGACGAUGGAAUGGAUGCAUGGAUCUUGGAUGUCGAUGAAACUUGUCUUUCAAAUCUCUAUUAUUAUGAAGGGAAGCGGUUUGGAGGGGAUCCAUACGACCCACAUGCAUUCAAGGAAUGGGCAUUGAUAGGAAUCUGCCCUGCGAUUCCAUCGAUUCUGGGAUUGUUUAGGAAACUGGUGGAGACUGGUUUUAAGGUGUUCUUGAUCAGCGGCAGAGAUGAAACGGCCUUUGGGCAAGUCACUGUUCAGAAUUUGCACCUUCAAGGAUUUUUUGGCUUUCAACGGCUCAUUUUGAGGAGCGAAGCAUACAAAGGGCAAAGUGGUGUGGUUUACAAAUCAGAAAUAAGAAGGAAACUGAUGGAAGAAGGGUACAGGAUAUGGGGAAAUGUAGGUGACCAGUGGAGUGAUCUUCAUGGAGAAUUUGUUGGCAAUAGAACAUUUAAACUUCCAAAUCCCAUGUAUUAUGUACCAUAAUUAAAUACUAUAUAUAAUUUGUUAUGUUAGACAAAAUGAUCGGUUUGUUAAUCGAUGGUAAGCAGUACUCUUUGGAAUGGUCUGCUAGAAAAAGCAAUGGUUCCGACGUCAUUUUCCAUCGGAAAUCCGUCCGUACCAAUGGAUUUAAUUACAUCGGAAAAAAGCUGAUAGGUAAUUGUUUA